AUGGCAGCCAAAGCUACUCUCUUCUCUAUCAUUAUCUUUAGUAAAGAUGAAAAGACAAGCAUUUAUCAAGAGGAAUACAAUUUGGGAUCUUUUAGUUACUUCAAACGAACUGCAGUUCAAGAGAUGUUACGGUUUUUAUCUAAAAGAGUGGCAGAAAGUUUAGAUACAGCUGUGCCCCAAGAAUUAGUCCAUCGUAUGGAAGAAGGAGAGAGUUACAAGUUCUUUGUUAAGGAAAAAUCAGACUUAAUCUAUGUAACUGCAUCUUUACUAGAAUAUCCUUCUAAUACUUUGAGUUUACUAAUUGAAGAUAUAAGUAAACAGAUCAAAAGUAGCAGUCGAUCUGAACUAGCUGGACAUUUAAAAGUCCAAAUGAAAGAGUAUCAAGACUAUGAACAGAAGGAUAUUAUGUUGCAAAUUAAGAACGAAUUAGGCAAAGUUGAAGAGAUCUUAACUAAAACAGUUGAAAGUGCUCUAGGCCGAGGAGAGAAGAUAGAUGAGUUGAUUAGUUCAGCCGAUAGUUUAUCCUUUCAGACUAAGAGUUUAUAUAAGUUGAGUCGCAAACAGAAUAAGCGAUGUUGUGGGAUUAUGUAG